AUGCGUCGACCUCCCAAAGCUCGAGCUCUCCCUCCCGGAUGGAACGGAGAUCCCAAAGCCGUAUUAUCCCAACGUCGUACCCCCCAUCGUACACUACGUGAUGUCGAUGGGGGACGGGCCGACCGAGCCCCUCCAGUACUUCCAAUACCUCGCGAUCAGCUCCUUCUCGUGCACCACCGACCAGGCUGCCCCCCGCACGGACCAUGGUGGAACCUCAUCGAGCCCUAUGUCACCCUAUCACCCGUUGAACCGCCUGGAGAAAUCUUCGGCAAUCCAUUAACACAUUACGCGCACAAGGCCGACGUGCUCCGAAUGCAGAUCAUGCUCCAAUUUGGCGGUGUAUACCUGGAUCAAGACACAUUCGUCUUGCGGUCCUUUGACCGUGCGGGGCUCUUCACCCAAAGCACGGUGCUAGCGAUGGAAGCAGAUCCCUACGAAGAAUGGGAGGAAUGGGAACCAGGCGGACUGUGUAACGCCAUCAUGGUUUCCCGCCCAGAGGCGCCCUUCCUGCAACGAUGGUUCUCGACGUAUCGCACGUUCAACGAGAGCGGGCAUGAGUGGGCGGAACACAGCGUUGCGAUGCCUUGGGUGCGCCCUGAUUGA